GAAGUUGUCGAGCCAGUAGACAGUAUGUAUCCUUAUGACUACGUGUGAGGGUCACAACUGGAGCUGUGUUUGCGAAUGAAUUGGCAUGUGUUUGAGACCGGGUUUUAUUCUAAAGAGACAAUCAGGAACCACGAAGGAAAUAGCCAAUCUACCUGGAACUACGUCAGACUUUGCCGUUGUGGAGCUGUUGACCAAGUGGCUACUGGAAACUGAAAUAAGACUUGCGUGGAUAACUUCGAGGAAAGUAUAGCCUAACGUUAACGCUGACACACGAGAAGAACGACUGUAACGUUAGUUUUCUCAAUAAUAACAUGAAAAAGGAACAGAUUGAGGCAUUGGGCUUUGUUCCUCAAAAGGAUAUUGUCUACAAUAAACUGCUGCCUUAUGCUGAUAAAUUGGAUAAUGAAUCCAAUGAAAUCUUGGCGAAAAUUAAAGCUAACUUGGGGCGAGCGGUCCAGCUCAGGGAGUUAUGGCCUGGAGCACUGUUUUGGACAAGAAAACUCGCAAAUUACAUGCGCCUCUAUGGUCGGAAGUUCAGCAAAGAGGACCAUGUGCUGUUCAUCCAACUACUUUACGAGCUGGUCACCUUGCCACACCUGGAGGUUAGCAUGAUGCUAAGCUUCGCCAGGCCUCUCAUCAACCUCCUGAAGAAGAAAGAGCUGCUUUCUAGAGAUGACCUGGAGUUGCCUUGGCAACCACUCUAUAACCUUUAUGAGAAGAUUCUGUACUCCAAAACAGAGCAUCUUGGUCUCAACUGGUUUCCCAGUUCUCGCAGUGGGGGAGCCGGUAAACAAAAAGUGCUAAAUUUUAUUCGCAAGCGUUCGGUGGAGAAUGUCCUGAAGACCCUGGUGAAGAGCUGUCGGCUGUACUUCCCUGUGGCCUCCACCCAGGAGAUGCUGGACGAAUGGCGACCAUUGCUGUGUCCGUUCGAUGUCUCUCAGCAGAAGGCCAUCAGCUACUUUGAGCUCUUCCUGCCCACAAUCAUGGCCCCUGAGCAGCAUGACCAGGGCUUCAGGUUGUGGUUUGAUGAGCUGAUGAGUCUGUGGGUGUCGGUGCAGAACCUGCCAUGCUGGGAGGGGAACCUGGUCAAUCUGUUUGCCCGUCUGGCUAAUGAUAACAUUGGCUAUGUCAACUGGGAGCCAUAUAUUCCUAAGAUUUUCACACGGAUCCUGCGAAGCUUCAAUCUGCCCGUGGGAACCAGUCAGAUGGUGGUGCCACGCUACCUCGCCAACUCCUAUGACGUGGGCCAUGUAGUGCUGUGGAUCUCCUCCCUGCUGGGUGGUCCUGGGAACCCAGCUCAGAAGCAGCUCAACGGGCUGUUCAACAGCAUCGCCUCUUUCUACCACCCCUCCAACAAUGGCCGCUGGCUGAUGAAGCUAAUGAAGCUGCUGCAGCGUCUGCCCGCCAGCGUGGUGCGGCGGCUUCACCGCGAACGCUACAAGAAGCCGUGCUGGAUCGCCGACGUGCCGCCCACGCACCGACUCACCGAACAGGAUAUCAACGACUUUGUGCAGAGCAUGAAGCAGCCUGUGCUGCUGGCCAUGUUCAGCAAGACGGGCAGCAUGGACGCCGCGCAGGCCCUGCAGAACCUCGCCCUCAUGAGGCCUGAGCUCGUCAUCCCACCUGUGCUGGAGAAGACAUACCCGGCCAUGGAAACUCUGACGGAGCCUCACCAGCUGACCGCCACCCUCAGCUGCAUGAUCGGCAUGGCACGCAGCCUCUUCUGCGCUGGACGGCACUACCCAGAGGGCCCCGCACAUGUACUGCCCCUGCUCAUGCGUGCCCUGCCCGGGGUGGACCCCAACGACUUCAGCAAGUGCAUGAUCACAUUCCAGUUCAUCGCUACCUUCACCACCCUGGUGCCUUUGGUGGACUGCUCUGCUGCCCUGCACGAGAGAAAUGACCUGACGGAGAUGGAGAGAGAGCUGUGCUCCGCCUCUGCUGAGUUCGAGGACUUUGUUCUGCAGUUCAUGGACCGAUGCUUUGCUCUAAUUGAGAGCAGCACACUGGAGCAGACGAGAGAGGAGACCGAGACGGAGAAGAUGACCCACCUGGAGAGUCUGGUGGAGCUGGGCCUCUCCUCCACCUUCAGCACCAUCCUCACACAGUGCUCCGUCGACAUCUUCAAGGUGGCUCUGGAGAAGGUGUUUAACUUUGCCACCGCUAACAUCUUUGAGACACGUGUGUCUGGUAGGAUGGUGGCAGACAUGUGCAGAGCCGCCUCCAAGUGUCACCCUGCUGAGGCGCUCAAGCUCUUCGUGCCACACUGCUGCAAUGCAAUCACCCACCUCACUGCCAAUGAGGACGUGCUGAAGGAGGAGGAGCUGGACAAAGAGCUGCUGUGGAAUCUGCAACUGCUCUCUGAGGUGACGCGUGUGGACGGCGAGAAGCUGUUGGCGUAUGGGCCGCAGCUGGUGCGGAUCCUGCAGAUGGCGCUGCACCUGCGCAGCAAACAGGGCUACAGCCUGGCCUGCAACCUGCUGCACCACCUGCUGCGCUCCACGGCACUCAUCUACCCCACCGACUACUGCAGCGUGCCCGGCGGCUUCCAUCGCCCGCUCAGCGAGUACCUGCCCAUCAAGGACUGGGGGCGGGCAGGUGACCUGCGGGACCUGCAGAUCCAGUGGCACGUGCCCAGUGCUGAGGAGACGGCCUUCGUCUUCUACGUGCUGGACCUCUUCCUCCAGCCAGAGCUGCAGCGCCUGCAGAAAUACGCACAGGGAGAGCUGGACAUGAGCCGUGAUGAAGUCCUCCAAAGUCUCUCCAUUGUUCAGAACUGUCUGCUGGGAGCUGGGAGCAUGCUGCCUUCACUGGACGGCCCCCCUGUUCCUCAGACGGUGCCCAGUCUGGUCAGUCUGGAGGAGACGGGCCUUUACAUCGGGGUGGAAUAUGACACCACCAGGGAGAACUACAGAGAGGCCAUUUGUAAAGUCAUGAGACUCUUGUUACGUCACAUCUUGGAGCAAUCUGAGGAUGACACCAAGUCUCUUUUUGCAAUCAUCAAGAUCAUCAGUGACUUGAUGCACUUCAAAGGCUCCCAGAAGCACGAGUUUGACUCCCGUUGGAAGAGCUUCACUCUGGUGAAGAAGUCCAUGGAGAACAGACUCCAUGGGAGGAAGCAGCAUAUCCGAGCCCUGCUUAUCGACAGAGUUCUGCUCCAGCAUGAGAUGCGGAAGCUGCUUGUUGAGGGAAGUGAAUACAAGACCAUCCACAAGGACCUUCUGAUGGACCUGCUCUGUCUGUCCACAAGCACGUACAGCCAGGUGCGGAGCAAGGCCCAGAGUGUGUUCUUUGCGUCGCUGGCCACGUAUAACUUCUGCUGCAGAGACAUCGCCCCCCGCGUGCUGGAGCUGCUGCAGCCCCACCGCUCUGACAUCACCCAGCAGCAGUUCAAGGGGGCACUCUACUGCCUGCUGGGGAACCACCAUGGAGUAUGUCUGGCCAACCUGCAUGACUGGGACUGCAUCGUGCUGUCGUGGCCGGCGAUCGUGCGCACAGGCCUGAGCCAGGCCAUGUCCCUGGAGAAGCCCUCCAUCGUGCGCCUCUUUGAUGACCUCGCCGACAAAGUGCAGCGCCAAUAUGAGACCAUUGGCAUCGACUUCAGUGUGCCCGACAGCCUGGUGCUGAUUGGUCGGAAGAUGACAGAAUCCCAGGGCCCUGCCCCCAGUCUGGCCACGCCCACUGACAUGGAGCUGGAGCAGGGGCUGCUCAUGCAGCAGAGCAGGAACGCCGACGCCGUGGCGAAAUAUGAAGCCCUUGUGAAGGACCUGCUUGAAUGUCUUGAUGAGCGCGACCUGCCGUGGAAGUUUGAGCACAUGGCUAUUGGCUUCCUGUCGCUGCUGCUGAGAGAUGACUACCCCCUCCCGGCCCGCGCUGUCCUGUUCUUCACUGAGUGCCUCAACCACGACGCCCUCGUAGUGCGCAAGGUGGCAAUAUCUGCGUUUGGUGGUGUACUGAAGCAACUCAAGAGACCACGCAAAAAAGUGGACGUCAUUCCGAGUAAAGUCAGUGGUGUGGAGGAAUCAGAGGGCCUGGUGGGUGGAGACAGGCCAGGGAACCUGUGGCUGCAGUACCAGCACAGCCUGCUGCCGCGCUCCGAGGAGGAGUGGAACGCCACCACCUUCGUGGAGAAGACGCACUGGGGCUACUACACCUGGCCCAAGAAACUGAUCGUCUAUGCCCCCGCACCAGAACAGCCAGAGGACCCAACGCUAGGUGACAUGAAUGAGAGAGAACGCAUCAUCUAUGAUCACUUCUCCGACCCGGAGUUUGUGGACCAGCUGAUCCAGUUUCUCUCCUUGGAGGACCGCAAAGGCAAAGACAAGUUCAACCCACGCCGAUUCUGCCUCUUCAAGGGUCUGUUCCGUAACUACAGCGAUGCCUUCCUGCCCGUGCUGAAGCCGCAUAUGGAGCGGCUGGCCAGCGACUCGCAUGAGAGCACCCAGCGCUGUGUGGCCGAGAUCAUCGCUGGCCUAGUGCGGGGCAGCAAGCACUGGAAAUACCAAAAGGUGGAGGCCCUGUGGCAGUUCCUGAUGCCACUCAUGCGCACCGCCCUGUCCCGCAUCACAGUUGAAACCUACACCGACUGGGGCACCUGCGUCGCCACUGCCUGCGAGAGCCGCGACCCCCGGAAGCUCCACUGGCUGCUUGAGAUGCUGAUGGAGUCCCCCCUCAGUGGAGAGGGAGGGUCCUUCGUCGAUGCCUGUCAUCUGUACGUGCUGCAGGGAGGUCUCGCUCAGCAGGAGUGGAGAGUCCCGGAGCUUCUUCACCGGCUGCUGGAGUACCUGGAGCCCAAGCUCACGCAGGUGUACAAGAACGUACGGGAACGCAUCGGCAGUGUGCUGACGUACAUCUUCAUGAUCGACGUGACGCUGCCGUCGAUUCGGCGCACCACGUCGCCGCACCUGCAGGACUUCACGGAGCGCGUGAUGCUGCGCCUCAAGCCCCUGCUGGAGGGAGAGGAGGAGAUCCAGAACCACGUGGUGGAGGAGAACGGAGUGGGCGAGCAGGACGAGAGGACGCAGGCCAUCAAGCUCUUCAAGACCGUGUUGAAGUGGCUGAUGGCCAGUGCUGGACGCACCUUCUCCACUCCAGUGCCUCAGCAGCUGCAGCUCCUACCUCUGCUCUUAAAGAUUGCUCCUGUGGAGAAUGACGACAGCUACGAUGAGCUGAAGAGGGACGCCAAGACCUGCCUGUCCCUGAUGUCCCAGGGCCUGCUCUACCCUGAGCAGAUCCCCCUGGUGCUGUCUGCACUGAAGGAGAUUGCAGGCAGUAGCUCAUGGCACGCCCGCUUCUCGGUGCUGACCUACCUGCAGAUCAUGGUUUUCUACAACCUUUUCACCCUGCUGGAUGACCAGGAGUCCGUCAGGGAUGUCCGAGGUCUGGUCAUUAGGCUGCUGGAGGAUGAGCAGCUGGAGGUGCGAGAGAUGGCCGCCACCACCCUGAGUGGCUUCCUGCAGUGUGGCUUCCUCUGCAUGGACGGCAGCAUGCAGAGCCACUUUGAGGCCCUGUGUAAGACGCGCCUGCCCAAGAAGAGGAAGAGGGAGCGUGGCUCUGUGGUGGACACCAUCCCCUCAGUCGAUCUGGUGCGGCGCCAUGCAGGGGUGUUGGGUCUAAGCGCCUGUGUCCUCUCCAGCCCUUACGACGUGCCCACCUGGAUGCCCCAGCUUCUCAUGGACCUCAGUGCCCAUCUCAAUGACACACAACCUAUUGAGAUGACCGUGAAGAAGACGCUGUCCAACUUUCGCCGCACUCACCAUGACAACUGGCUGGAACAUAAACAACAGUUCACCGAUGACCAGUUAGGGGUGCUCACUGACCUGCUGGUGUCUCCCUGUUAUUAUGCCUAGACAGGUGAAGCCACCCGCCAACACGCUCCCCAGCCGAGCAACAGCCGAAGCCCACGCGAGUCCAACACAGACUCUCCCAGUGCUGCUCAUGUCUCUUCUCUUCCCCAGGGGCAGUGCAUACCAGGCUCUCUAAUGCUGCAAGUUGUAGUGUUCUAUUUUUAUUUACAAAAUGAAAUUUUUAUUUUAUAUAAAAUGGUAAUUAAAGCUAUUAUGCAGAAGACGUUCGGGGCAGGGGGGGGGUGAUGGGAGACCAUCAUCCUCCUGUGGCAACGCUCCUCUGUAUGGGAGGCCAGUCCUCAGCUCUGCCCACACUACAGAAGACCCUCUGACGCCAGACUCUCUGACACAAGACUCUCUGACACCAGCCAGACCCAGCAGCGAUGGGCCAGUGGGGGGUAAGGAGGAGGAGUGGGGGGGGGGUGUCACACCCUGUACGUACUGUAAUGUAUGUAUAUUUAUAGUCCACAUUUCUUUUUGUUUUGGCAUUUUUUACUAUACUUAAUAUUUAAGGUUGACCAGUGCCGGCAGUGAACAGCCUGCAGUCUGUAAUAUUAAUGUACAGUUAGGUUUUUUUGAUUUCCAGAGUGUGACUGUGAGCGAAAAGGAAAAAAAAACAAACAAAAAAAAAACCUUUGGAUUUGAUCUCCCUCCCUCCAGGGUCUCUUCCUCUCCUUUGCCCAAUAUCUGUCACUCGGGCAGAGAAGUAGGCCCAUAUCUGUCACUCAGGCAGAGAAGUAGGCCCAGUCCCUAGUGUACUGCUCAGCAUGGCCUGUCAAACAGAUGCUGUCACAAGCUUUGGGAUUGGCUGGCUAUGGGUGGGUAUUCACCCAGUUACUAGUGGGAGAAUUGGAGCUCAGAUUCCAUCAUAAGCAGGUUAUUGCAGGGGCAAAUGCUAGACUGGCAGAGUGUGUGUGGCUGCAUGUGUGUGUGUAAGUGUAAGUGUAAGUGUGUAUGUGUGAACAUGAGUGGCUGCUUGCAGAUGUCAAGAGACAGUCACCAGUGGUAUUGUAUUUAAGGUGUUGAACCUCAGAUGGUUCACAUGUCUUAGAGUUUUGUGAGUGUUUUGUGUUAUGUGUAUGUAUUUGUAUGUAUGGACUGUGGACCGUACAUGCAUUUAACUAUGCAUAAACAUAUUACAUACAUCCAUGAAGUUUUUUUAGAUUUGGUAACACUUUAUUUGAAGCUGGUGUCCAUAAAGCAUUGAAACACAUUCAUAAAGUGUUAUAAAGUAGUCAUAAUAAUUGACACAAAUCUUUGACUAUAUUGACUGCAUCCACAAAGUCUUACAUUGUUAUAGUAUAAGUAUCAGAAUGCAAAAUAUAGCUUCUUUUACCUCUUGAUAGUGGCACUGAUAACAUCUUUGCCUUAUGUCAAAUGUUUAUUCACAAUUUGCUCUUGAUGGAGCCACAUGUACAAGUAAAAGUAAUGUAGGACUUAUACUACAUCUCAAGCCUUUUUGAGUGCAGUCAUGUCUAUUUAUAGAUAUAUAUCUAUAGACAUUCUUCAGUCAUGAUGCAUUAAGAAUACUUCAUACACAUGUAUAAGUGUGUUUAAUGCUUUGUUCAUACUUUGCGUAAGUAAAGUGUUGCCAAGAUUUAUUUUAUGAUUUCAAACUAGGCACUGUUCUGGUCAGUCAGCCAUGUUUGUGUGUACAGUAUGUGUGUGUGUGUGUGUUUGUGGAUGAUGUGCAUGUGCAUGAUGUUAUAUGUGUGUGUGCACGCUUGAAAUGUAGUCAAGUCAAGAAUGAACGCUGUGCUGAGCUAGCUGUUCUGUCACACAUACAUACACACACACACACACCUCGUUGGAAGUGUCCCAUAGGCAUUUUUCCUGUCCUUUGUGGAUUAGCCUCUGGUGUUCCAGCCAGUGGAAGAGCUGAUAGUCAUGUUCUGCAUUGCAGAACCUCUUCACAGAACCACUGUGUAGCUUAGUGCCAAAACUGCAGUCAUUUAUUUUUGUCUUUUUUUUUAGAUGUUGUCUGCUUGUUUUAAACUGCAGAGAAUAAAGUCAAUGAAUCGUUUAUACCAAA